GAUCAAGUUCCACAGCCCAAAAACGAGAUUUUUACGUCGGUGUUCGUGGGAGGCUAUACGAUCUGCGGGGUGACGAGCUCCACAGGGGAAACACUUUGCUGGGGACAGGACUCGUCGGCUUUCGUGGUUCCCGCUGGUUACAAGUUCUCUAGAUUAGCAGGAGGAUAUCACCACAUGUGUGGGAUACGAUCGGACAAUCACCAGGUGGUUUGCUGGGGUUUGAACAAGGCUCAGCAGCUCCAAGUUCCCAGGGACGCCACCUUUUCGGCCAUUUCGGCUGGAGACAUCUACACUUGUGGGGUCACCCGGGAUGCGAAUGCAAGGCUUCUUUGCUGGGGAAACAACGCCGUCCAGUACCGGGAGAUCGACUUGCAUGUUAGCCAGGCGGUGUGCACGAACGAGUGUGGGAAAAACCAGUAUCGGGUAAACAGGACCUCCUCUCCGCAGCAGUGCCCGUCUUUGUCUGACAAGGUGUGCUUGGAGUGCUCGGCAUGCGUCGGUGUCGACUUCGAGAUUUCUCCAUGCGGAGCGGACUCUGAUCGAAAGUGUGGCAUGAUAAUCGGCAAAAACAACUUACCAGCAAGCUUCAAGGGCCCAGGGAGGAGAAAUCCAACGGGUUUGUUCUUCAUCAUGCUGCCUUUGGUCGUCACUUCGUCGCUUGGAAUCACGCUCAUAGGAGUCUGGGCUUGUCAGGAGUACAGAGAGAGACUUGUUUCAAACAAGCAGCGGCUUAGGAAGUGAUCUCUCUAUCUUCAGUGGAACUCCGGGCAGCAACAAACAAUUACAGCGAGGAGAUGAUCUUGGGGAGAGGUGCUUUUGGGACGGUAUACAAGGGAGUGCUCCAAAAUGGCCACCAAGUUGCUGUAAAGCGAGCAAAUUCUUCCAGCUCGCAUGAGAUGUUUGACAAGGAACUGGAGCUCCUUGGGAGAGCUAACCACUCUUGCCUGGUAAACCUCAUGGGUUAUUGCCAGGAAGACAAGCUGCUCGUCUUCGAGUUCAUGGCCAGAGGCACACUUCUCGAGAACAUCUCUAGCUGCGAAUGGAUAAGCCGGAUGAGAAUCGCGGCACAGGCUGCGCGGGGGCUCGAGUAUCUCCACAGGUAUGCGUCGCCAAGCAUCAUUCACAGGGAUGUCAAGACUGCAAACAUACUCCUCGACCGUGACUGGAACGCUCACGUCUCCGACUUUGGCUUGGCAUGUGUGGACCUCAAGGCAGCGCGAGGCUACUUGGAUCCAGAGUAUGGCCUCUCCUCCAAGAUCACAGCCAAGAGCGACGUCUACAGCUUUGGAGUGGUUCUCCUGGAGCUGCUCUCCGGCCAGAAGCCGGUGGAUUCGUCGAGAAAGUUUCAGAGCCUGGUGGCCUGGGUGCUCAAUCUGGUGGAACGCAGGGAGUGGAGCUCGGUGCUGGUUCCGAGCUUGCCAGCGCCUUUGCAACCAGAGCCGCUCUAUCGCGCGGUGAAGCUGGCUUUAGAGUGCUCCAAGUUUGCGAGCAAGCAGAGGCCAUUUAUGACGCUGGUCGCGAAGAGGCUCGAGGAAAUCGUGGAAGCUAUGGCUGGAGCUCCUCUUCUUUCCAUCUCCUCCUAGAUAGUUUGCUUCUUUGCUUUUCUCUCUGGAGCAAAGGAAAAUCUUGAAGCGUUGUAGGGAGAAAAAAAAAAGAGAAAGAUGGUGUGUUUGUAUCGCUCGAUCGACUUAAGAACUAUCUUCCAGAUGUGGAAAAA